AUGUCUCUUACUACGAAGAAACGUUUUGUGAUGAAACAAGCGGAAAGUGAAUUAUUCGUACCGAAGGAGAACGAAAUCAUUGCACGUAUUUUGGCAUCGCCAGGAAGAAAUCUACACGAGGUGGAUGAUGAAAACGGCGAGAAAUAUUUGGUAAGUAUGCCAAGGAAAUUUAGGGAAACAAUUUAUGUCAAACGAGGAAGUUUUGUUUUUGUGAUACCGAUAAAAGAAGGUGUUAAAGUGAAAGCAGAAAUUACGCAAAUUUUGGAUAAUGAAAAUGUUUUAUAUCUAAGGGAACAGAAAAUAUGGCCCAAAAGAUUCGAAGUAUAUGCAGAAAGCAUAACUCGUGAAACAAAGAGAGGUAUUGUUGCUGGUGGUCCGAAAAGACAUGAUGUUAUCGACGAAGAUAUGCUACCAUCUAGUGACAAUGAUGACGAUGAAUGUGACAAGAGUAAUGAAGACAAUGAAAAGAAGAAUAGCGAUAGCUCGAUGGGAGAAUUUUCCGACCCAACAGAAAGUGAAAAAUUGGAAGAAGAUGACGAAAUGGAAGAUAGCGAUGAAGAAAGAUCAGACAAUGAUGAUCUUGCUUUCAAAAUAUAUAAUCCAAAUCGGUUGAGACGAUUAUAA